AUGGUGAAUGCCUAUCAUGGAGGUGAAAUAUGUACAUCUAAUGAUGUGGGCAUUACGUUCGAAAAUGCCGAAAUUUGUCGGUUCAAAAUCAGUAGAAAGGUUACGUUUGGCUAUUUUAAAGAAAGAAUAGAAAGUAAGCUUCAAAAUGGCUUUGUUGCACAAAUUGUUUAUCGUAAUGUUGUGCAAUUUGGAAACAACCUUUUAAAGUUUGUUCCGUUAAAGGUCCGAGACGACGAUGACGUUGAAACUAUGUUUGUCAAUCAUGAAUUUUCAGGUCUUGAUUCUAUUGAUCUGUACAUCAAAUUCCAACCCAGUCAACAAACUGAGGAAGUAAACGCUCCAAGCGAUGACGAAGACGCCAAUGAUCCACAUGUCAAUGAUCCACAAAUACCAUCUAUAAUACCCAUUGAAGAUGUCGAAGAAGACGACGUCGAGGAUGAAAACGAGGCACAGGCCGAUCAUUACUUUACCUCUUUGUUUGAAGUAGGUGAAUGCGACCAUGUUGGACAAGAAGUCGAAAAUGCCAUUCCAAUUAACCAAGUAUUUUGUCCGCCUCCGCACAUGACAACUUUGGGCGUGAGCUCUGGCCAAACAUCACUUGAAUGGCCAUGCAUUCCCCGUAUUCCGAAAGAAGGUGACAUUGAUGUGGGUAACAAAUUUAAGAACAAAGUUGAUUGUGUGUUUGCCAUUAAAAAUUACCACAUGACACAUUGCCUAGACUAUAGGGUGAAUAUCUCGGAUAAGAAAAGGUAUCAAAUAAGUUGUAGUAACGAUUUGUGCAAGUUUCGUCUGGUGGCAUCAUAUCGGAAAAGGAGUGAUUUAUGGGAGAUUGGUAUCAUGACCCCGCCGCAUAGUUGUUCAUCAACUAUCCUUAACCAGGACCAUCGGAAGUUGAGCUCGCAGUUGAUGUCUCAAAGCUUACUGCCUCUUGUGGACAAAGAUCCUUCAACAAAGGUGAGCAUUUGUAUAAAACAUAUUGUUUCGAUAUUCAAAUUCACACCAUCAUAUAGGAAAGCAUGGAUUGCUAGGAAUAAAGCAAUCGAGCAAGUCUACGGUAAUUGGGAGAAUUCAUACAAUGAACUUCCACGUUACUUGUUAGCACUCCAGAAGUUUGUUCCUGGUACGGUGGUAGAAAUGCAAGCACUUCCUAUAUAUACAAAUGACGACACCAUUGUUGCUGGUCAAGUAAUGUUCCACCGAUUAUUUUGGGCAUUCCAACCAUGCAUAAGAGGGUUUGCAUAUUGUAAACCUCUACUACAAAUUGAUGGCACCUGGUUAUACGGGAAGUACAAGGGGACCCUAUUGAUGGCAGUGGCACAAGAUGGGAAUAGUAACAUUUUCCCUGUUGCAUUUGCACUUGUUGAAGGUGAGACAGCUGAAGGUUGGGGGUUCUUUCUAAAGAACUUGCGAAGGCAUGUUGCUCCUCAGCCUGACUUGUGUUUGAUAUCGGACAGACAUGCCUCGAUUGAAAGUGCUUACAAUAAUCCAGACAACGGUUGGCAAGAUCCACCUUCUGUCCAUGUAUAUUGUAUCAGACACAUUGCACAAAACUUCAUGCGGGAAAUCAAGGAUAGAAACCUCCGUAAAAAGGUUAUUAAUAUGGGUUAUGCUUUAAACCGACCCACGUUUAAUUAUUACCGAGAUGAAAUUGCCUCCACUAACGUUGUUGCGCUAAGGUGGGUAGACAACAUUCCGACACAAAAAUGGACGAGGGCAUUUGACGAGGGUCGGCGCUGGGGUCAUAUGACAACAAACCUCGUCGAGUCAAUGAACUCAGUUUUUAAAGGCACCCGCAAUCUACCCAUUACAGCAUUGGUGAGUGCCACAUAUUAUAGGAUGGCAACGUUGUUCGCUGAAAGGGGUGCACAAUGGAGUGCAGUGUUGAACUCUGGCCAACUAUUUACAGAAAACUGCAUGAAGGUGAUGAAGGAAGAAACACUAAAGUCCAACACACAUCAGGUGUCAAUUUUUGACUACCAGCAUCACACUUUUAGUGUAAAAGAGACAAUGGACCAUGGUGAGGGGAAGCCUAUGGGACGUUACAAGGUCAACCUACAAGGUGGUUGGUGUGAUUGCGGAAAGUUUCAAGCUUUUCGUGUUCCUUGUUCACAUGUUAUCGCUGCGUGUUCCAAGAUACGCCAUGACGCAUACGGUCUUCUGUCCACCGUUUACAAGGUUUCAAACCUUUUUGGGGUUUACAGUAAUAGUUUCCCAGUGCUGCCAUACGAUGCAUAUUGGCCCGUUUUUGAAGGAGAUCUACUAUGCCAUAACCCUAGCAUGAGAAGGAACAAGAAAGGUCGCCCAGUAAGCAGGCGUAUAAGAACGGAAAUGGACACAAAUGAUACGUUGGAGAGAAAAUGCACCUUAUGUCGUCUUCAUGGUCACAACCGAUCUCGAUGUCCCAACGCCGGAGCUACUACCGAUCUCGAGUUCCACAAAGAAGGUCUACUCGAUUAG